CCAUUCCUCUUCCCCUCCUUUGUCUCAUUUAUUUCCUUCUGCCAUACUUUUUGACUCCUCUCUCUCCUUUGGAGAAUGCAAAUUUUCCAACUCGACACUUCCUUUCAGCACAUUCUUACCACCACCAGGAUAGAGGCCUUGUACAAAGGGCCUGUUCAAAAAAAAAAAAAAAAAAAAAAAAAAAUCAAGAUUUGAAACCGGAUCAGAAUGAGGAUCAAGAUCAGAACUAGAAUUAAGAUCAAGAACGAGAUCAAGAUGAGAAUCAGGAUCAGGAUUGCAAUCGGGAUCAGGAUCCGGAGCAAGAUUAGGAUCAAGGUUGCGAUCGAGAUCAGGAUCCGGAGCAAGAUCAGGAUGAAGGUUGCGAUCGAGAUCAGGAUCCGGAGCAAGAUCAGGAUUGAGAUCAAGAUCAAGACCGGGAUCGGGACCAAGAUGAAGAUCAUGAUCAGGAUCGGGAUCAGAAUCAAGAUCAGGAUUGAGAGGGACGACGAUGUAGAGGGAGCACACCGUUCGCCCCCCAGCCGCAAUGAUGAUGAUGGGCCUGAUGGCGAUGGAGAGGGUGCACAACGGGCGUCACCUGCCCACAACGACAGGGAUGACGAUGGAGAGGGUGCACAUGGUUCGCCACCCACCAACGAUGACAGGCGUGGUGAUGGAGAGGGUGCACACCCAUCGCCACCCGCAGGUGGCAUUAUUGUCGUGGAGGUCGACCGCGAUGCACACGAUGAUGGAGGUCGGGAGGACGACAACGAUAAAGACGGUGCUCCACGACCGGGUCAUGGUGUUAUCUUGAAGCGCCUGGAACGCGGACCAAAGGGGAGACACACCAUUGCCUCUUGCCUGCGUAGACGUCAUGGUGGGGGUUCUGCCAUCACACGCCCCCGCGUCCUCGACAACGAGCAGGUCGUCGUGUCUGAGGACUCCAUGAGCGACGACGCACAUGAGGAGCUCAUCGAUACUGAAGUUGUUGUUGCUCGCCCGCAGGGUGAUCCGAGAAUUCUCCAGGAUACAAUGGUGUUCAUGACUGAGGGGGCAGUCGCUCUGUGCAGUCUGUCCUUGGCGACGGAUCCAGAGGCCCACCGAGCCCUGUACCACAUGGCGAGUAGCGACGGUGUGGACGAAGAUGACCCAACACAACAAUGUCUGUCAGGGUCUUCGACGACAAAGGCUCGUCCUCACGAGGAGCCCGCUGGGUUAUCGAGCAUUAGGGAACCUCGCACAAAUGGGCCCCUCAGAAGGGCAUCAUUGGUCAUAGGCAUCACUGCAGGGUCAUCAUCGGUGGCACCUCAUGUCGACGACCCCGCCUCCGGUCGUGGGCGUGUUGUGACCGUUGGACUGCUCACAGUAUCAUUCUACGACUGCAGGAGCACCGACCCUGUAAGCGAGCAGGGAGUCACGGGCGGAAGUGGACCAGUAAACGUGCCUAUGGGGACGCGAUCUAUCGGGGUCGUUGGCAGUGUUUGUCAUGACGCCUUCAUAACAUACAGCGACCAGCACGGGAGACUUCUGUGGUCUAAGACAUCGGAUGUCACCUUCACGAGGGUGGUGAAGGCCAGUAUAUCCCGAGCGAGGAAGAAGGCCGGAGCAGGUACAUCGACACCGCACAUACGUUGUCAUUUAGGGCCUUUUGCACGUGAAGGUCCAGAGGAUGGUGAGAUUAUGGCAGAUGGCAGUGUUGUAGAGGACAGAGGUGUUGCGCGUACAAGAUCCUUGGGCGACACGUUGUGGAGAUCCGAUCAUGAGCAUCAAGUGCAUCAGGCUAAUGCAGCUGCAUCAGGUGACGGAGGCAGGGACGGGCAGCGGGCAGAGUCCAGACGGAAGAGACACAACAGUGUGUUGAUCGUCCAUGAUGACAGCUCCGACAUCCAGGUCGGUUAGACCACAGACGCCGAUGAUGCGGAUGACUCAGAUUACGUCCCGGCCUUUCGGACGACAGAUAGAGGAGAUGGAGGAGGACGGCGGGUUAGACAAAGGACGAG